GAUAGACUGCUGAGGGCAUUGGUGACGGGGAAUGGGCUGGAGGAGAGGGAUGCGGUUGCGGUGAGGCAGUUUCCGGAGAAGGGGGUUGGGAUUGUGGAUUUGGUUAUUGUUAUUGAGGCGCAUGUGAAAUCCGCAGCGUCUGACGCUCCACCAUCACCUACAGCGCCGCAAAACACCAUACCGUAUACCCUCUUGACCAAUCUGAUCUUCUCGGCAUUGCAGCAAGGCAUGGACGGGUCAGCGGCAACACCGGGUGAACCGGCUACGGGACUCUCGUACGAUGCACGGCUGCGAUUCAUCCCCAACAUCACCAACAGCACCCAUAGCGCCGAUGGGCGAUAAAGCCAUGGGACUACUAUCCCAUGAAGUGGAGCGAGAUGCCGCGCAUGAUCUGUGGAAAGCCGCCACCUCGCCGAACUCACAGAUAUCGCCGAAAGAGGACUCGCCAGUGACAUCCACAACAUCAAACGACUCCCCAACCUCCCGAUGGCUGAAAAUGGGGUUAGUAACCCUCGCGUCCGGGUUGAUGAUAGGCGCUACAGGCGGCUUAGCAGCGCCGUACAUUGCGCCUUCCCUCGCAACCCUCUUUGCAAGCAUGGGCCUGACCAUCGGCGUCACAACAACAGGAGUCGGGGCCUUGUUCGGGGUCGUAGGCGGCGGCCUGACCGCCUACACUCUUGCACAAGACAGCGGGAUCAAAGAGUUCAGGUUCCACCCCGUCAUCACGCAACCGAAGAACAGCCCGGCGUUGCAUGUCAUUGUUGCGGUGUCCGGGUGGGGCGCGGAUAUAUCAGAUCUGUAUGACCCGUGGUCGAUUGUCCCGGUCUUUGCGCCCUUUUCGGAAGUCACGGCGGUGAUAUGCGAGCCGGAGAUCCCGGUGGAUCUGGGACGGAUGCUGGAGUCGCAUCGGGAUACGCAUGCACGACGACGUAGUCAGCCGGCGGAGGAGACGCAGGCGGAGUAUAUCCACCAACCCACCGAGCCUGACCCGGAUUUCAUCGAACACACCGACCUGAAACCCUGGCGACCGCAUCACGACUCUGCCCAAUCCCUCUCAUACAGCCUACACACCGCCUGGCUCCUCGCCCUCGAAACCGCCCCCAAAGCCGGGCGGCACCUCGCCUACAUUCUCGCUUCCAAAACCCACGGCUCGCGACCUGUGACACUUAUAGGCACGUCCAUCGGCGCACUGACGAUUUUCGAAUGCCUGGUUGAACUCGGCCACCGCCGCGCGGUCGGGAUAGUCGAUUCGGUCUUCCUCCUCGGCGCACCUAUCGACGCCUCCUCGACCAACGCGUAUAAAUGGUGUCUGGCACGCACGGUUGUCGCGGGCCGGUUCGUGGUGGGGUAUUCCAUGAAAGAUAAGGAGUUGCGCGCGUUGAUGGCGCAGCCGGAGGAUGCGAAUGAGGAUACCGGUGUUCAGGCGGGGGUGGAUGUGACGGAUGUUGCGGGGCUUGGACCGGUGUUGAUUGAGUUACGGACGGUGUUGCCGACGGAUUUGUCCCCGGAUGAUCGGGAUUUUUUGGAAGAGGACGAUGAUGAGGCGGAGCCGGGAAGGCAGCAGGCGGAAGUAUCAAGCACCAGCACAUCGGAUCCCUUCGUCUCCUCAUUCGUGGGCCAGGAAUUGAAACCGCCCCAGGAUAUCACCCGUCCCGACUCUGCAACUUUCUCCGACAUCCUCCUCUCACCAAGCAUACCAACCGCAAAAGAACCAUCCACCGCUUUUGAACCGACCCACUCAUCCCUCCCCUGGCCCCCCCUCCACCGCACCCUCCCCCUCGAAAACGUCGACCUGUCACGUAUCAUCCACUACCAUAUCGACUACAGGGACCGGAUACACGCCGUGCUUAAUGCUGUGGGGUUUGAGCGUGCGCGACCGAGCGAGGGUGGGGCUGGGGAGGAGCGGGAGAGGGGGCAGGAGGAGGCGAGGGAGGAGAGGGAGGUGGGGGAGGUGCUUUGGGAUGCUGGGGCGGAGUAGGCGGUUUGUUCUGGCAUCCUUACAAACAUCAUAAUCUAGCGGAGAAUUGAUUUCGUAUU